AUGACUUCCUGUUUGCCGCUCGCACGUAAGUGCUUGUUUUUCUUCUUGAUUGCCGCUCUUCUCGUUGUGCCUGUUGCUGUUGGUGUGGCCCACCCACAGACCUACGUGGGAGGUGUUGAGCUCCUUUGGGUCGGAAUUUGGCUCGAAACUGUCUGGUGUGCGGUCUGGGCUGCCUCCCUGUUCGCCUUUUUGGUUUCUCGGUCGGUGGGCCUGCUCGCCACUGCCUUCACCAAACACCCAGAGAGGUGGAAGGAGGUUGGGAGCAGGCUGGAAUUACCACUCACCAUGGUCCUGUUUUCUUGCUUCGUCUUGGUCUCUUUGUUUCCUCUCUUGAGAGAUCAUACGCUCAACAGUGGCAGUCAUCUCGAAUGGCUAAAUACAGCUAAGGCCAUCGUUGUCACUGGUUGCGUCUCGGCGAGCAUCAAUCUCGUCGAGAAAACGGUUAUACAGCUCAUUGCUGUCGCCUUUCAUCAGCGAGCGUAUGCAGCUCGUAUAGCGAUCAACAAGUUUCAAAUCGGUCUCUUGGUCAAGGUGUAUACCUUCUGUCAAAAGAAAACCGCAAAAGAAGACGACGAAUUCGUGAAAAGGAUGUCACAUCUCCGGACGCAUGCCCCUGCCUUGUAUGCUGUUAGGGCUCAGCAGGCUGUAGCCAGGGCCUUUGCAAGAGUGGGAAAUGUAGCAGGCCAGGUUCUAGGCGAUUUCGCCAGCAGGAAGAUGGAAAACAGAGACCAUCCUUCUCAGGUCGUGUCGAGUCUCCUUCAGACGGAAAGCGGCUGCCAGGCCCUAUCGCGCCGUUUGCACGGAACUUUCGUCCGCGAGGGCUACGACCUUAUCACCCCAAAAGAUCUGAGAUCUGCCUUCGACAAUGAAGAAGAAGCCGCAGUGGCGUUCGACAUGUUUGACAGGGACACGAACGGCGAUAUUACCAUGGAUGAAUUAGGAGCUCUUUGUCUCGAAAUUGGACAAGAACGGAAAUUUCUCACAAACUCCCUCAAAGACUUCAAUUCCAUCACCAACAAGCUUGACGCCCUGCUCUCCUCCCUGGUCUUUGUGGGCAUGAUUGUCGUCUUUUUAUCUAUCUCCUCGGCUUCAGCGGCAAGUUUUUUGAUGACGGUCGGCGGCUUCUUUCUGGGCCUUUCGUGGGCUUUCGCACCUACAGCCCAGGAACUCCUGCAAUCCUGCGUCUUCGUCUUCGUCAAGCAUCCUUUCGACAUUGGAGAUCGAGUGACUAUCUAUAGAGAUAUUGGGCCGAAGGGCACUGACUACUUUGUCAACAAGAUGUCUCUCCUUUACACUGAAUUCAAGAAGUUAGAAGGGCAUGUGGUGACAGCACCCAACUCCUACCUCAACACCUUGUUCAUUCUGAAUCAACGCCGCUCUGGACCACUCGCCGAAGCCGUUCCGAUAGUCAUACGGUUUGGUACGACUAUCAGUCAGAUAGACGCGUUAAGAGCCUCGCUUCUGAACUUUGUCAAAUCUGAGAAGCGUGAAUUCAGAGACAACGUCUUGACUGAGAUACGCGAAGUCAACGAGGCGUACUCGCUGACACUGAAUAUUGUCUUCUUCUUCAAAUCAAAUUGGCAAAACGAGCUGAUCCGUCUCCGACGAAGAAACAAGUUCAUUUCCGCUUUGAUGAUGGCGAUGCAAGAGAUUGGUAUCGAAGGUCCUCGCCGGAACCAAGCCGGUUGGUCAGACGGCGGCCCAUUGUACGUGACUCACCAAUCAAUUACCAAUCAAAGAGGAAACGACCCUUGA